AUGAUCACAACUGUGGGAAAUCCAAUGAUCAUUCUCUCAAGCUUUUUCUGCCUGUGCCUGCUUUUAGUUCUCUUCAGGUUCUUACACAGGUUGUGGUGGACUCCAGUUUACAUACAGUAUGUACUAGGUUUGCAAGGAAUUAAAGGCCCUUCUUACAAAUUCAUCCAUGGAAACACCAAAGAGAUUUUGAAAAUGAGAAACGAAGCCUCAAGCAAACCCAUGGCUUUAUCACAUGAUAUAUUUUCCAGGGUGCAACCUCAGGUUUAUUUAUGGAUCAACAAGUAUGGGAAGAAUUACCUCAAUUGGAAUGGUGCUCAACCUCAACUAGUGAUUACAGAAACAGAGCUAAUCAAAGAGAUAUUGAACAACAGAGGUAGAACAUAUCCAAAAGUAGGGCUCCCAUUCUAUGUCAUGAAGCUGAUGGGGAAUGGACUAGCUACAUCUGAAGGUGAACGGUGGGUAAAACACCGGAAAUUAAUAAACUAUGCUUUUCAAGGGGAAAGCCUCAAAAACAUGAUUCCGGAAAUGAUAGUAAGUGUUGAAAAGAUGCUAGAAUCUUGGAAACAUCACGAAGGGAAAGAGAUUGAGGUGUUUGAAGAAUUUAGGUUAUUGACUUCCGAGGUAAUAUCAAGGACAGCUUUCGGAAGCAGUUACUUGGAAGGGAAGAACAUUUUCGAUAUGUUGAUGAAAUAUUCCGUCAUUUCACGAAGGAAUGCUUUCAAAGUUAGGUUUCCAGGCAUCAGUAAAAUUUGGAAAACCUCUGACGAGAUAGAAGCAGAGAAGCUUCUGAGAGUAAUGCACAACUCCAUCAUGGAGAUUAUCAAGAGAAGAGAAGAAAAAGUGAAAAUUGGAGAUGUAGACAGCUUUGGUACUGAUUUUCUUGGGUUGCUUUUAAAAGUUUAUCACGAUGUUGAUGAGAACAAAAGGCUCCUUACAGAAGAUUUGAUUGACGAGUGCAAGACAUUUUACAUUGCUGGACAAGAAACCAGUAAUUCCUUGCUUUCAUGGAUUGUCUUGCUUCUAGCAAUCCAUACAGAUUGGCAAGACAAGGCAAGAGCAGAAGUGAUCGAGCUGUUUGGUGACCAAAAUCCACAUCCUGACGGUUUAUCUAAACUAAAUACUAUAACCAUGAUCAUCAACGAGGCCUUGAGACUGUAUCCUCCUGUAAUUGGGUUUGUAAGGAAAUGUGAAAGAGAAGUUAGAUUGGGGAAACUCAUUCUGCCUGCUAACCUGAACUUGUUCAUUACAAAUUUGGCAGUUCAUCACGACCCUGAAAUUUGGGGUGACGAUGCUCAUUUGUUCAAACCGGAAAGAUUUUCACAAGGGGUGGCUAAAGCUACAAACAACAAUGUGGCUGCAUUUUUUCCCUUCGGAAUUGGGCCUCGAACUUGUGUAGGUUUCAACUUUGCAACCGUGGGAACAAAGAUUGCUCUCCUAAUGAUUCUGCAACACUACAGCUUCACCCUCUCCCCAGCUUAUAUUCACUCACCGGUUUUUCAUUUUACACUUAUGCCGCAACAUGGAAUACAGGUUAUCUUGCACAGUGAGAAGGAUCAAAGUUAUUGAAUUGACUGGUUCUGGGACUUCAAAACAUGAAGAGAGAGUAG